AGUUCUACUUCAUACUUUUUAUAGGUUAUAGAAUUGGUUAGCUGGGAAUAAAGUGACUCAGUUAUCAUGGAUGAUGAAGUGUUUCUGGAGCAGCUGGUGCCGUCAGGGGUAUUGAGUGGAAUUAGGUUUGAUGUUUUGACUGCUGCACAAAUAGAAAAAUGCUCUGUGAAAACUGUAGCUGCAGGCAAUGAGUUUACUGAUCCAAGGUUUGGGGUUCCGAAUCCAUCCUCUCAGUGCUCUACGUGUGGUGCCAAAGAUCUAAAACACUGUGAUGGUCAUACAGGGAUAAUUAAGUUCCCAAUUGACAUUUUGCAUCCAUAUUUUAUCUCAGAAACAGUGCAAAUUCUCAAUUCAUUUUGUCCAGUAUGUAGGUCACUUAGACAAAAUCUGCAUAUCAAGGGUUUAGAUACGGUAUCAAGUAGAAAAUUGACAGCAACAAGUGGUCAAUACAAGGGCUGCAAAUAUUGUAUGAAACCCGAUUUCUUGAAUUGUCCAACACAGGGUUCAAAAUAUGGGUACCCGCGUAUGAAAUUUAAAGUUGCUUCAAAAGAUAAAUGUAUGAAGAAUACUUCAAUUAUUGUUGAAGUAAAUGAGAAGUCCAACAAGAAGUUUCAAAAUAAAAAUCCCAGUCAAGUACUUCCAGUGGAUUAUUGGGAUUUUAUACACAAAGAUCCACAGCAAGAAGCCCAAACAAUGAAAUGGAACCAAAGAGUGCUGUCUACAGCCCAGGUUUUUUAUUUGUUGAAAGAUAUUGACAAUGAGUUCAUAGGAAAUUUUGUUCUAAGACCAGAAUCACUUUUCCUUUCUUGUUUUCCUGUUACACCCAACUGUCAUCGCGUAAUGGAAACACCGCAUUUAUUCUCCAAUGGGCAUCAAUAUGAUUUUGAUGAACGCACCAAAGCUUAUAGAGGGCUGCUGAUUGACUUCAAAGGGCAGUCAGAUAUACUUGGUUCACGUGUUUGUGACUUCCUAAAUGUUUCCAGGUUGCACACUGCUAAAUCAUCAAGCACAGAUUCUGCUUCCAUGAAGUCUGGUUUGAAAUGGAUGAAAGAAGUUGUUCUUGGGAAACGAUCAGAUUAUGUGUUCCGUAUGACUGUUGUUGGUGAUCCAAAGAUUUCACUGGGUGAAAUUGGAAUACCACGGGACAUUUCAGAGAGUUUGUCAAUUUCGGAACACUUAAAUUCACUGAAUUGGGAGAAGUUACACAUCUACUGUAACUUACGUCUCCUUCAAAAGGGAGAGUUCUUUGUUAGGAGGAAGGGUGUUCUGGUUCGUUUAUGUUGUACCCGUGAACUUAAGAUAGGGGACACUGUAUAUAGACAUCUAGAUGAGGGAGAUGUUGUUUUAAUAAAUAGGCCUCCAUCGGUGCAUCAGCACUCCCUAAUUGCUUUAUCAGUUAGGGUCCUUCCAAUUAAUUCGGUUGUUUCCAUAAAUCCUCUCUGUUGUUCCCCCCUACGUGGGGAUUUUGAUGGAGACUGUCUUCAUGGGUAUAUUGCGCAAGCCAUUGACUCUAGAGUUGAGUUAAGAGAGCUUGUCUCUUUAGAGAGGCAGUUAGUUAAUGGACAAAAUGGUCGAAACUUGCUGUCACUAAGUCAAGAUAGUUUAACUGCUGCUCAUGUGAUCCUGAAUAAGGGUGUUUUUAUGAACAAGAUUGAAAUGCAGCAAGUUGGAAUGUCGUGCCUUCAUCGGUGGCUCUGUCCUGCUAUUCUCAAAGUACCAUCAUCCCAGUCUUGUGUUUGGACUGGUAAGCAGUUGUUCAGCAUGCUCCUCCCUGAGCGCUUUGACUUUGAUUCCCCAUCAAGUGGUGUCCGAAUCAGAGGAGGAGAACUUUUGUCUUCCUUUGAUGGAUCUGCUUGGUUACGAGAUACAGAUGACAAUAUUUUCUCUAGUCUUGUUAAAUGUUGCGGAAGUAAAAGUCUUGAUUUACUGUUCACUGCUCAGGAAGCUCUUUGUGAGUGGAUAUCAACGAGGGGAUUUAGUGUCUCUUUGUCUGAUUUUUACUUUUGCUCUGAUUCAUACUCCCGGAAAAAUAUGAAUGAUGAGAUAAAGUGUGCUCUACAGGAAGCAGAGCAGGUCUGUCAAGUCAAACAAUUGAUGGUGGAUCCUGCCUUGGAGUACUUUCUCAAGCAUGGUGAAGGAAACCAAAAUCCCGAGUUUCUCAACAUGGAGCACAAAUGUCACUUAAACCAGAAGUCUGGUGUCUUGAAUAAAGUUUUAGUUGGUGCUUUUAGAGAAGUUUUUCAUGACAUUCAGAACCUAAUCUAUCGGUAUUCCAGUAAGGGAAAUUCAUUGUUGAUCAUGGUAAAGGCUGGAAGCAAGGGUAAUCUUCUGAAACUUGCUCAGCAAGGCCUGUGCCUUGGUUUGCAGCAGCCUUCAGUUCCCUUAUCUUUCAAAUUUCCUGACAGGCUUUCUUGCUAUAUGUGGAAUUAUCAGAAGGCUAAUGAAACUUCUGUACGUAAUGAAUCUAAAGUUCCCUGUGCUGUGGUUGAAAGUUCUUUUCUUGAUGGCCUGAACCCAUUAGAAUGCUUUGUUCACUCGGUAGCAUGCAGAGAUAAUUCUUUUGGUGAGAAUGCCGAUCUCCCGGGUACUUUGACAAGAAAGCUUAUGUUUUACAUGCGCGAUCUCUAUCUUGCUUAUGAUGGAACUGUGAGAAGUGCUUAUGGGAAUCAACUUGUUCAAUUCUCUUAUGAUGUUUCCAAGAACGUAUCUGUUAAGGAUAAUAAUCGUAGUGGGAUGUUUGGUGAGCAUUCAUACGCUGUCGAUGGAUUUGGUGGUCAACCUGUUGGCUCUUUGGCUGCUUGUUCCAUUUCAGAAGCUGCAUACAGUGCUUUGGAUCAACCAAUGGGUACCCUUGAAAUGUCUCCCAUGCAAAAUCUAAAGAAGGUAUUGGAAUGUGGUCCAAGGAAAGGUAUGGUAGAUCGAACCAUAUCAUUGUUUUUGUCGAAUAAGCUCAGAAGAUGGAAUUAUGGUUUAGAGUAUGGAGCCCUAGAAGUUAAGAGCCAUCUGGAGGCAGUAUUAUUUUCAGAUGUUGUUUCUACUGCCAUGAUUGUCUUUUCUCCGGCAGGACGUCAAAAGACACACUUCAGUCCAUGGGUUUGCCAUUUUCAUAUAUGUGAGGAAAACAUGAAGAGAAGACAACUGAAUAUUGACUCCAUCAAAGUUGCUCUUAUAAGAAACCACACUGCAAAGCUAGCCAAAGUUGGUAUGCUUCCAAACUUGCAGAUUUUGAGCAGGAAUUGUUCAGUUGCUGAUGCUCUGAAGGAAAACGUUGGGAGCUUUUGUAUCACUGCUGCAGUUGAAAUUUCCAAUGAUUCUUCUGUUGAAUUGGAUGAUGUCCGAGAUUUUCUGAUACCAAUUCUUCUUGGAACUGUUGUUAAAGGAUUUUUGGAGUUCAAGAACGUCGAUAUUAUGUGGAGUAAUCUGCCCAAGGCAUCGAAGUCCGAUAAAGGUUCUUUUGGUGAACUUUAUCUAAGGAUUUCAAUGUCAGAAAGUGGCAAGAAAGCACAAAUAUGGAGUAUUCUUCAGGAUGCAUGUCUUCCAAUAAUGGAUUUGAUUGAUUGGGAACGCAGUCACCCAGACAAUAUUUAUGACAUAUGUUGUACCCAUGGCAUAGAUUCUGCAUUGGAAUAUUUCAUAACAAGUUUGAGAUCUGCAUUAUCUGAUGUUGGGAAGACUGUACUUCCGGAACAUUUGCUUCUUAUUGCAAAUUCUCUUUCAUUUACUGGACAGUUUCUUGGAUUGAGUGCACCUGGGAUGAAGAAGCAGAGGCAUUUGACAUCCAUCUCAUCCCCUGUUAUGCACGCAUGCUUUUCUGAUCCUGGUGCUUGCUUCAUCAAGGCUGCAAAAGAAGGGGCUAGGGAUGAUAUAUUGGGGACUUUGGAUGCACUGGCUUGGGGAAAGAAGGUUCCAAUCGGAACCGGUGGACAUUUUGAUAUUUUAUAUUCUGGAGAGGGACAUAAACUUGAUAAGCCUCAGAAUAUCUAUGACAUCUUGUGCCGCCAAGUCAAAUCUCAGUGGGAGAAUACGGAGAACAGGGUAUCUCGUGAUCACAAAAUUACCGAACUGAGCUCUAGUCAACUUAAACUUUUUCAAACACUCAAAGAUCAUAAAAGUAUUUGCAAGAAAUGGGAUUCUCCAUCAUUGUCUAGAAGUGAUAAUCCUCCACAUAAAGGAAAUAAAAGUUUGGAAUGCAUACUAGAUUCAGUUUUAAGGAAUUUCUAUUCGGCAGAUGAUAUUUUGAGGAUGAACAUUUCAUUGAAGAACAUUUUACAUAAAAAGUACAAGAUUGAUGAGUACUUAAAUGAAGGAGACAAAUCCAUAUUGUUGACGGCUUUGUUUUUCCACCCUCACAGAGAUCAAAAGAUGGGAUCUGGACUUCAAGACAUCAAGGUUGGAUACCAUUCGUUGCAUCGCCAGUCACGCUGCUUUAUUUUGGUUAGGAUGGAUGGUACCAUAGAAGAUUUUUCAUACCGCAAAUGUAUUCUGGCGGCCCUGCAAAAGAUUUCACCUAAACAGGCAACCAGAUAUGAGAUGAAAAUGCUACAAUCAUGUAAAUUGUGAAAUAUGCACAUUAGAUGAUAGUGUCUACUGAUGUCCAUAUCAGUUUUGCCGGAUGUACAUAGAAAGAUAUUGGGCACACAAGGACUUGUAAAUACCCCAAUCUGCAGAUGGGAUUGGAGCAUCAUUGUUAUGCCAGAUUGAAUUAGAUGGCGAUGCACUCUGCGGCUUGAUUUUGUUCAGACUGUUGAU